AUGAUUCAGUAUUUUUACUCUCUUAACUAUGAGGUCUCAGCUAGUGGUGUGGAUACAGGAGCAGACCUUGAGACACAUCAUCAAACGGCAGAGACCAGUGAUGGCUCGCUUGAUGAAUCAGGGUUUGACUUGGUAGUUCAUACUAGGACCUAUAACCUUGUGGAAAAAUAUCAAAUCAUCGGACUUAAGACCCUCGCACUCCGAAAAUUUAGGGACGCGGCAUCAGAGAAAUGGAACUCGAGUGGUUUUCUGGACGCAGUUUACGAAGCGUAUGGGUCCGCGCCGGAGAAUGACACAAGUUUGAAGGAGGCCAUUGUGGAGAUCAUCGUCGAGCACAAGGAACUGUUAGAUAAGGAUGGAACACGACGUAUGCUUAAGGAAGUAGACUUUUUGGCUUAUGAUGUGUUGAUGUACGAGCAUCUUUAG